CUAGCUGCACUUGUCACCGAGGCAGACAUAUUGGAUAGUGUCGGUACUGCAGUGUAGCGCUCUGGAUGGCUCGCCAUACCUCAAUAUAGCCUCUUUAUUCACGGAUUUUCUCACCUCUUCGUCCCCUUACGUCCAACCCUGCCGCAAAGAUGACGCAAAUGUUACCUAUAAGAUUCCAAGAGCACCUACAGCUCACCAAUGUGGGGAUUCAAGCAUCCAACAUUGGGUUUAAUACCCUCACCAUGGAAUCUGACAAGUUCAUCUGUGUCAGAGAGAAAGUCGGAGAAACCGCACAGGUAGUGAUUAUUGACAUGGCUGAUCCAACCAACCCCAUCAGACGUCCCAUCUCGGGAGAUUCCGCAAUCAUGAAUCCAGCAUCUAAAGUUAUUGCUCUUAAAGCUCAGAAGACACUGCAGAUAUUCAAUAUUGAAAUGAAAACCAAAAUCAAAGCUCAUACAAUGGAUACAGAAAUACAGUUCUGGAAAUGGAUCUCCACCAAUAAGCUGGCACUCGUGACUGAGACAGCUGUCUACCACUGGAGUAUGGAUGGAGAUGCUCAGCCACAGAAGAUGUUUGAUCGUCAUAGCAGUCUAAAUGGUUGCCAAAUUAUAAACUAUCGUGCAGAUUCUAAACAGAACUGGCUGUUACUUAUUGGUAUCUCUGCACAGCAAAAUCGUGUAGUGGGAUUCAUGCAGCUGUAUAGUAUAGACAGGAAAGCUAGCCAGCCUAUUGAGGGUCAUGCUGCAGGUUUUACAUCAUUUAAGAUGGAAGGUAAUGCGGAACACUCGACCCUAUUCUGCUUUGCUGUGCGCAAUGCUCAAGGUGGCAAGUUACACAUUAUUGAAGUUGGGCAACCUGCAGCUGGCAACCAGCCUUUUACAAAAAAGAACGUAGAUGUGUUUUUCCCACCUGAGGCACAGAAUGACUUUCCUGUGGCUAUGCAGGUUAGUUCGAAGCAUGAUGUCAUCUAUUUGAUCACAAAGUAUGGUUAUGUGCACCUUUAUGACAUUGAGAGUGGAACAUGUAUUUUCAUGAACCGCAUCAGUGGAGAUACCAUCUUUGUCACGGCGCCUCACGAACCCUCAAGUGGCAUCAUUGGCGUCAACCGUAAGGGACAGGUAUUAAGUGUGAGCGUUGAUGAAGAGAACAUCAUCCCUUACAUCAAUAAUGUGCUUCAAAACCCUGACUUGGCACUUAGAAUUGCAACAAGGAACAACCUUGCUGGAGCGGAAGAUCUGUUUGUGCGCAAGUUUAACACACUUUUCCAGAAUGGACAAUACAGCGAAGCAGCCAAGGUAGCUGCUAAUGCACCCAAAGGUGUCCUCCGUACCCCCCAAACUAUCCAGAGGUUCCAACAAGUGCCAGCUCAGCCUGGCCAGACUUCGCCUCUUCUUCAGUACUUCGGAAUUCUCCUCGAUCAGUCUCACUUGAACAAGUUUGAAUCCUUAGAAUUGUGUAGACCAGUUUUGGCCCAAGGGCGCAAGAAUUUACUUGAAAAAUGGCUAAAAGAAGAUAAGUUAGAAUGUUCAGAAGAAUUAGGUGAUCUUGUGAAGCAGGCUGAUCCCACAUUAGCACUUUCUGUGUACCUGAGAGCAAAUGUACCAAACAAAGUGAUUCAGUGCUUUGCUGAGACUGGCCAGUUCCAGAAGAUUGUACUUUAUGCUAAGAAAGUUGGAUACACUCCAGACUAUGUAUUCUUGUUAAGAAAUGUGAUGCGUGUUAAUCCGGAUCAAGGUCUUGCAUUUGCUCAGAUGUUAGUACAGGAUGAUGAACCCAUGGCUGAUGUCAACCAAAUUGUGGAUAUUUUUUUGGAAUCAAAUUUAAUUCAGCAGUGUACAGCGUUCUUGCUUGAUGCUCUGAAGAAUAAUCGUCCCACAGAAGGGCCACUUCAGACUCGCCUCUUGGAAAUGAACUUGAUGUCUGCCCCGCAAGUAGCAGAUGCAAUUCUCGGUAACCAGAUGUUCACCCAUUACGAUCGUGCACACAUUGCUCAACUGUGUGAGAAGGCAGGAUUGCUUCAGCGUGCCUUGGAACACUACACAGACAUGUACGAUAUUAAGAGAGCAGUUGUGCACACACAGUUGCUGAACCCAGAGUGGCUUGUUAACUAUUUUGGCUCUUUAUCUGUUGAGGAUUCUUUAGAGUGCUUGAAGGCGAUGCUUACAGCCAAUCUCCGCCAGAAUCUCCAAAUCGUGGUUCAGAUUGCUACCAAAUACCAUGAGCAACUAACGACCAAUGCACUGAUUGAUCUGUUCGAGUCUUUCAAGUCAUUUGAAGGCCUCUUCUAUUUUCUUGGAUCGAUUGUCAACUUCUCACAAGAAUCUGAAGUUCAUUUCAAGUACAUCCAGGCAGCUUGUAAAACUGGCCAAAUUAAAGAGGUUGAGAGAAUAUGCCGCGAGUCCAACUGCUAUAAUCCUGAACGCGUGAAGAACUUCUUGAAGGAGGCAAAGCUAACUGAUCAGUUACCACUCAUCAUCGUUUGUGAUCGCUUUGACUUCGUCCACGACCUGGUGCUCUACCUCUACCGCAAUAACCUACAGAAAUACAUAGAAAUAUAUGUUCAGAAGGUGAAUCCUUCACGUCUACCUGUCGUCGUUGGAGGGCUGCUGGACGUUGAUUGUGCCGAGGAUGUAAUAAAACAAUUGAUUAUGGUUGUUCGUGGACAGUUCUCAACAGACGAGUUGGUGGAAGAGGUUGAGAAAAGAAACCGCCUGAAGCUGCUGCUAACUUGGCUGGAGUCACGUAUUCAUGAAGGAGUCUCUGAGUCGGCCACUCAUGAUGCCAUUGCCAAAAUUUACAUAGACUCCAACAAUAACCCCGAGAGAUUCUUAAGGGAGAACCAAAACUAUGACAGCAAAGUUGUUGGAAAGUACUGUGAAAAGCGAGACCCGCACCUUGCAUGUAUUGCAUACGAACGUGGUCAAUGUGACAGAGAACUGAUUAAUGUUUGCAACGAGAACUCUCUCUUCAAGUCUGAAGCUAGAUACCUUGUGAGGCGACGGGACCCUGAACUCUGGGCUGAGGUUCUACAAGAGACCAAUCAGUACAGGAGACAACUUAUUGACCAGGUUGUGCAGACAGCAUUGUCAGAGACCCAAGACCCCGAGGAUAUCUCUGUUACUGUGAAAGCUUUCAUGACUGCUGAUUUGCCCAAUGAACUUAUUGAACUCUUGGAAAAAAUUGUGCUUGACAAUUCUGCAUUCAGUGAUCACAGGAACCUUCAAAAUCUUCUCAUCUUAACUGCUAUAAAGGCAGACCACACCCGUGUGAUGGACUACAUUACUCGCCUUGAUAACUAUGAUGCACCAGAUAUUGCCAACAUAGCCAUUGGCAACCAAUUGUAUGAAGAGGCCUUUGCUAUAUUCAAGAAGUUUGAUGUAAACACCUCUGCCAUUCAGGUUCUGAUUGAGCACAUAGUGAACCUGGACCGGGCAUACGAGUUUGCCGAGCGGUGCAAUGAAAGUGCUGUGUGGAGUCAGUUGGCCAAGGCUCAGCUGCAACAGUCAUUGGUGAAAGAGGCAAUUGACUCAUUCAUCAAGGCAGAUGACCCAACUGCAUACAUUGAUGUUGUGGACACUGCACACAGGACAGGUCAUUGGGAAGACUUGGUUCGGUACCUGGUCAUGGCACGUAAAAAGGCUCGGGAAUCGUAUGUGGAGAGUGAGCUGUGUUAUGCUUAUUCCAAAACCAACAGACUAGCCGAUCUUGAGGAAUUUAUUGCUGCUCCUAAUCAUGCUGAUAUUCAGAAGAUUGGCGACCGGUGCUUUGAUGAUGGCAUGUACGAAGCAGCAAAACUCCUCUACAAUAAUGUCAGUAACUUUGCUCGUCUGGCAAUCACGCUUGUUCACUUAAAGGAGUUCCAGGGAGCUGUGGAAUCUGCCAGGAAAGCCAACAGCACAAGAACGUGGAAAGAAGUAUGCUUCGCAUGUGUGGACAAUGAACAGUUUCGUUUGGCUCAGAAUUGUGGCCUUCAUAUUGUUGUUCAUGCAGAUGAACUGGAAGAUCUCAUCAACUAUUACCAGGAUCGAGGGUAUUUUGACGAGUUAAUCAACUUGCUGGAGGCAGCUUUGGGACUAGAACGUGCACACAUGGGUAUGUUCACAGAACUUGCCAUUCUUUACUCAAAGUACAAGCCUGAGAAGAUGCGAGAACAUCUUGAGCUCUUCUGGUCUAGGGUCAACAUUCCAAAGGUGUUACGUGCAGCAGAACAAGCACAUCUAUGGGCUGAGCUUGUAUUCCUGUAUGACAAGUAUGAAGAGUAUGAUAAUGCUGUUCUCACCAUGAUGGCACACCCUACAGAAGCCUGGCGAGAGUCUCACUUCAAAGACGUUAUCACAAAAGUUGCAAACAUCGAGUUGUAUUAUAAAGCUAUUCAGUUUUACCUGGAUUACAAACCAAUGCUUCUAAAUGACCUGCUGCUAGUUCUCUCACCUAGGAUGGACCAUACGAGAGCAGUCAAUUACUUCACAAAGGCAAACCAUUUAAAAUUGGUCAAAGGUUACUUAAGAUCAGUGCAGUCACUAAAUAACAAAGCUAUCAAUGAGGCUCUCAACUCUUUACUCAUUGAAGAAGAAGAUUACACAGGCUUAAGGACUUCCAUUGAUGCUUUUGACCACUUUGACAACAUUGCUCUGGCUCAGUCUCUGGAGAAGCACGAUUUGAUAGAGUUCCGUCGGAUUGCUGCAUACUUGUACAAAGGCAACAACAGGUGGAAACAGUCUGUGGAGCUGUGCAAAAAGGAUAAACUCUUUAAGGAUGCCAUGGAGUAUGCUGCUGAAAGUAAGAACUCUGACACUGCAGAAGAGCUCCUUCAGUGGUUCCUUGAGAACGGCAACUUUGAUUGCUUUGCUGCUUGCCUGUUCCAUUGUUAUGAUCUUCUCCAUCCUGAUGUAAUAUUAGAAUUGGCAUGGAGGCAUAAUAUCAUGGACUUUGCCAUGCCUUAUUUGAUUAAUGUAAUGCGAGAGUAUGUCACAAAGGUUAACAAACUUGAAGACAUUGAGAAGCACAGGUCUGAAGAAAAUGAAACUAAUGAGAGCAAGCCUAUGAUGAAUAUGAUUGGUGAGCCUCAGCUUAUGAUCACAGCUGGCCCGGGCAUGAUGGGACCAGGCUACUCCAACGCUGGUUACGCUAACAACAUUAACUACGGUGCUGGCAUGCCAUCCUACCAAGGUUACAGCAUGUAAAUAUUAAUUCAAGAGUCUCCAAAAGUUAAGACCUGUGUGAAAACUGUUCAGGUUGGUUUGUUAUUAACAGUAGACACUGAUUCACCAGGGCUUCAGCUUGUAACUAAUAACAGAGCCUCCCAAAAUAUUCCAAGAGUUUGCCAGUUGUAAAAUAUACCACGUUGACUUAUCUCCAGGGAUAUAAUUGUCCAAAUUCUGCCUCUAGAAUGCUGCAAGUUAAAGUAUAAAUGAGGGAGAAUUUGUGGUGGCAGGUGAGAGCAAACUAAAGCUUAUUGUUGAGUAGUGUGGUUAGCUUGAGGAUGAAUGAGUGUGUUGUAGAGGCAUUCAGGUCAUUCGCUCGGCUGUUCCGCAGAUUGUCGUCCUGUUUUUCAAUAGCUGUCCUCCAGUGGGGUUUGUAAGAAAUUUGUGGAGGUGUGAGGCAAGACAUGCUGCCUCACAUACUGUUUUUAUUAUUUUUGUUAAUUGGAUUCCUUUGAAUGCUGUGGUGUAAAAAAUAUAACUACUGUUCCCCAUUGUAUAUAGUUUAUCCCAUGAUGACUUGUGCUGAAUGUGAUGUAGCAUUGUUUUGCCUGUUCCUCUUAUGAUGAUUUAUGAUUGGUGUCUCAGUAGAGUGUUACAGUUAACUCUAUGAGCAUUGUGAGUAGAGUAUGUAUAUAUAGAUUAAAUUUAUAAGGCUGAUUAUAGACAUAAUAUUCCUGGUGAAGACAAGGUAUUCUGUAAACAACCUUAAUAGAUGUGAUGUUUAUGGCCUAAAGAUUGGGCAUUCACCUGUCUACAUCAAAUCAUUCCUAAAACUUAUCUGAUUAGCAAGGUGCAAUGCCUUAUCCUCCCGGUCUGUAUGGAGAUUGAUGGUGAAAUAACUGAAGCUUUUGUCCAUUGUGUGCCUUCAAAUAGCAAAUGGAAGGCUUUAAAAAGACUAUUCUUUAUCAAUGAGGUAUUACUUUCCAAAGGCCAAUGGUCUGUGUUCAGUGGUUGAUUGUUCAUUAGUAAUUUAGGUUACUUCCAAGUGGUAUGGCUAGAGCAGCUCACCCUUGGAAUAGUCUACCUCAUUGAGAUUGAAGGCCUUGGUUCUACCUUUAUCACUGUUUUGGGGGUUAUCAGAUACAUUUGUUAAAGAGGCAUUUCUUGGUUUUAAAAUAUUUGGUCAUUUGUUGAUCACAGCUUUAAUAGCAAAUGUAGUGAUGACCAACAUUACAGUGGUGAUGUAUGGGAAGUGAGAUGGUAACAGUAUCCAAGUAUAAAUUUAAAAGAUCACCGCCUAUUUGAGAAUGAACUGUGCAUUCUUACCUAUCACCUCCACUCUUUAUUAUUUUUCUAGAAUAUGAAUUUUAUCAUUCUUUUUUCUAACAAGAGGAAGCAUCUGUGGACUUAAAUUAAAGGCUUCAAUUACAUUUAGUAUCUUGAUAAUUAAUUAUUGAGAAUUGUAUUUGUAUUUUUUAAGUUAGAGCCUAUUGAGAGUUUUAAAAUAUUUAUUAAUAAUAGGGAAUAUUGUUUUGCAUGUACAUUUCUGUGGUGAAGAAGCCAAUCCACUCCAGCUAGGCUUCCAGGAGAUGUUAACUCCUAACAUACAGUGGUUGCCUGAAACUUAGAGCAUAUGUACUGUGGCCACAUGUCAAGUUUAAAUAAACACCUCCCACAUGAA